AUGGCAUCACAGCCCAACAGGCUUGAUUUAUCAUAUGCAGUACGGGUCCUCGAGUCACCAAAACAAUCCCAUUUGGAAGCGAUGCACCAUGUAUUGAGAUACUUAAAGUGGACGUCUGGACAAAGCUUAUUUUUUAGUAGCAAAUUUGAUCUACAGCUUAAAGGAUUUUGUGAUGCAUAUUGGGCAGCUUGCUUGGAUACAAGAAGGUCAGUUACAGGCUAUUGCAUAUUUCUAGGAAAUGCACUUGUGCCUUGGAAGUCUAAGAAACAACACAGGGUGUCAAGAUCAUCAGCUAAAGCAGAAUAUCGUUCCAUGGCAGCUGCAAUUUGUGAAUUGAGUUGGUUGAAAAACAUAAUCAGUGAUUUGAGUGUUGCUACACACUAA